AACGUUGAUUGAAGGAGCUGCUUCUCUUCUCCAAUCUGCCAUUCCCAAGUCUACCAUUCCAAGUCUUCGGUUGUUUUGGACCGCCGCGAGAUAAAGACGAGUUCUGUUUUUCUUCCUUUUUUAUUUGCAUUGUGAUCACCAUUUCUUUCCCUUGCCAUUUCAGCUCCGAUCUUUUCCUCUCUUCCUGUACUCUCCAUUGCCUAAAAGAGGGGAUUUUUGGGUUUGGGAGAAGCAAGGAGAGAGGAGGAUGAAGUCGCCGCUGAGAAUGUUUCGAGGCCUGAAGCAUCAGGGCCACGAGGCCAAGGAGGGGAAGAAGCAGCAUCGCGCCCGGACGAAUCAGGACGAACUUGUCCAGAACACCCGGGAUUUGCAGGAUUUGAAGAGCUGCUAUGAUAGCAUACUGUCUGCAGCAGCUACAACUGCAAAUAAUGCACAUGAGUUCUCAGAAGCACUGGAGGAACUGGGCACCUGUUUUCUUGAGAAAACUGCAUUGAAUGAUGAUGAAGAUAGUGUCAUUCAUGCAGGUCGGGCUUUAAUGAUGAUGGGAAAAGCACAAUUUAAGUUGCAAAAACUUUUUGAUGUAUAUCGGGUCCAUAUCUUACAGACAAUGGAUAAGCCAUCAAGAUCCCUUCUCAGAGAGCUUCAAGUUGUAGAGGAAAUGAAACGCCUUUGUGAUGCUAAAAGAGAGAUAUAUAGGAACUCGUUAGAGGCACAUAGAGGAAAAUGGAUGUUGAGAUAUUCCAAAUCUGGAACUUUCUCAUCAAAGGAGUUGCAAGAAGCUCAAGCCAAUUAUGAAGAGGAGGAAAACAUGUUUAUGUUUCGAUUGAAAUCAUUAAAGAAAGGUCAAUUUCAAAGUCUUCUGACACAAGCCACUCGCCACCAUGCUGCACAGCUAACAUUCUUCAAGAAAGGACUUAAGAUGCUUGAGAUGGUUGAAUCACAUGUUAAAGCCAUUGCUGAACAACACCAUAUUGCUUACCAGUUCAGUGAUCUUGAAGAUGAUGUAUCAGACUAUGAUGAUGAUGAUGAUGAUUAUGAUUAUGGUGGCAGUGAUGUUGGGGAGCUAAGUUUUGAUUAUAAAAAAAAUUUCCAAGGAAAAAAUGUUAUUUAUACAUCUCAAAACUCAAUAGAGGAGAGCAUCGACAGAAGCCAAUUAGACAUGCUCAGUUUCAGGCCUGGAUACAGCAGCCAAUCAGCACCAAUUUUUGCUGAUAAGAAGCUUGAUUUAACUGAGAAGACAGAAACACCACCCUUAUCAACCAGAAAAUUUCACUCAUAUGUGCUACCUACACCAGUUGGUGAUAGAAAUCCAGAAUCAAAUCCUGGUACUGCUCCUUGUGUGGAGAAAAAUGAUAGUUCCCUACCACUGUGGAAUUCAUCUCCAUUAGAGGCAAAAAGACCUGUAAAAGAUUUCAGGGAGAGAGAAUUAUCAAGUCCAACCACCUUCAAGAAUUCAGCACUUAGAGGGAGCAAUAUUAACAGUGGGCCCAUCAGUAUGCCAUCAUAUUUCUCGGAGAAGCUGUCAAUGCCGCAAAUUAAUCAAAAAACAGCUUAUGAUACUAAUAAUUUCAGACGACAAGCCUUCUCUGGCCCAUUGACAAGCAAACAUUUUUCAAGCAAACCCAUAGUUUCUACUCCUGAUUAUAGAUCUUCAGUGGAAUUUCCCCCUGUAGGCUCUUCCGCAUCACAACACGUGUUUAAACCUCAAUCAUCUCCACCUCAUAAGGAGACUCAUAGAACUUCACCUCCUCCUGUAUCAUAUCCAAAAAUCAGCGAGCUUCAUGAGCUUCCUAGGCCCCCAGUUGGUUCAGAGAAGUCAACAGGAGCAUCCACUUUGAUUGGUUAUUCUGGUCCCUUGGUCUCUAGAAGCAAAGUGCUUAAUGCAAGAAAUAAUAUGCCAUCAGAUGUCUCAUAUAAGACAUCACUACCAGCACCUUUUGUACAUAUCAGCCGCAGUUUCUCAAUACCAUCUAACAGUCAAAGAAUAUCAAUGCUUACAGCUGCUAGGUUGUUGAAGUCUCCUCACAAUCUAGUCACAGUAGAAGAGAUCACUUCAUCACCUCUCGCAAUCUAAUGACCAUACUUCCAGUAUCUACAACUUCAUAACUGAUUGCUGCAGUUACAGAAAAAAGUGGGAGUUGCUAAAACCACAUUUAUGUGUUCCAUUUUCUAAAGAAUACUUGUGACGGAUGCCGUUUUGCUGUUCAGAGUCAAUAUGUUGUCUGUGCCUUCUUGCAGUUUUGUGUACACUGCCGGUGUAAAUUCGCAGCGCCCCGCUGAUCUUCAUUCCAUAUAUUAAAGCAGAGGUUUUGUCAAUAUAUCAUCGUCGAGCCAAUUUUUUUCUUUGAUUAUAACCAUUUAGUUGACAGAAUAUACUACUAUUGAUAGCUUUUAACUGUAGAUAUUGAGGUUUCCAACAGGUCAUGUUGUCAACACAAGUUGGAGACUGUUUUGAGUAAUUCUUGAUCCAGUGAUCCAUGGAAUAAAAAGUCGUCUUUCUUUUAGUGUUGUAAACUUGAUCAAAGGUAAAAGGAUGCAUGUUUAUAUUUUACGGUAGAUAUAAGAUAUACGAAUUAGAUUA